CACCAAACUCUUUUAACUAUUUUCUGGAAGCUCCAAUUCUGUUGAUCCCAGCCUGAGUGAAUAACAAUGGUUAAAGGGGUGGUUGGUGAGGAAACUCAACUCAAAUUAGCCGAAGAUCGCCUCUCUCAAUCUACUCUCCCUGCCCAGGUUGGUCUUGUAAUAGGCAAGCUAAGCUCCACUCUAGACCGAGGUUUUGUCUUCGAUUUAAUCCCUACCCCUCAAAACGAUGCCGGAGAGGCAGCUUGUCUUCUUAAUGAAACUACCUCCAAAGACGAAAAGAAAAAGACCUCCAAAUCCAAAUCUCAACCCUCCGAUUCUCCCUCUUUAGUCAUCGACCAGGAUUGGGUCGCCGAACAUGCGCGUCAGGUUUCAAGAAUGCUGUUAGGAGGUAUGAAAGUGAUUGGUAUUUAUGUGUGGGCUAGUGAUAGCGCGUUCAAGAAUUCUACUGUCGCUCUUUACCAGACGGUGAGUGGAGUUGCAAGAGCAGCCCCUUUUAUGGGGACGGAUAGCGGUGAAAGAUUGAUAAUCCACAUUUGUUAUAGUCCACGGAAGUGGACAUGUCGGAAUUGCACGGUAGCUUCAAAUACUGUUACAUCAACUAGCUUAAGACCUUGUGAUUUCAAAAUGGGAAAGGUCUUAAAUUCACUUCAAACUUUUAAGUGCACCUACAACUUCAGUAUUGGAUUGCCAGUAUAUAAUGAGGGUGCACCAGAUGCACCAAUACUCAGUGACAUUCUUCGCCAGGGAAUUUUGAAUCAUGCAAAUGAGCUGACAAGUGCAAAGGCUAUUUUAGAUGGAAAUUUGGUUGUUAAUGAUGAGCCAUGCACAACAGAUGGUUUGCAUGAAGUAGAGUUGCUUCUACCAUUCUCAAAUGAUACAUCUGCAAAAGCUUGCAGCCAAAAGGAUGUUGUUGGUCUUCUUGUCUUCAAUGGCUCCUUGUGUUCUUUUGCUUAUUUGAAUUCAAAAGAACCAAUUUCAGAGGCUAUUUCUGAAAUAAAGGGUGAUAUUACCAGGAGUCUGCAAAGCAGAUUAGAUAUCAUCUGUGAUGAGGCUGAUGAAGAUCAGGUUCCAGCUGACAUUAUUGGCAAGGAAGCAAGCAAUGGGAAACCUGUUUCCAGACUUGUCCUGCACUCCCUGAGGAAAACAUGCAAUCUUUCAUUUCCUCGGAGAGUCUUUGUUCCUUGGUUGGCUGGCACAUUUAUUGGUGACUACUUGCAAUCAUCUGAGACACUUGAGGUGCUUAAAGAUCAUUUUGUUGAGUUGAUGUCCAUGGAACCUGUCUCUGAUUCCUCAACGAUCUUGGAAGCUGAAGUAGAAGCCCCCACAGUAAUAAUCUCUAAAUCCUUUUGGGAUGUAGCAGAUAACUAUCACUCAGGAUUCAACUCUUCCUCGGAGAAUAAAGGAAUUGACGCAAAGGAAAAAAGCAAACAACCUGUGAAGACAGCUAAUUACAACGUCAUGGCUGCGAUUUUGUUCCUUAUUCUCUCAAUUUUGGUAGGUUUAUUGCUUACUGUCAAGAGAAUAUAGCUCAUUUAGCAAAUUCUUGCUCAUAAAUUAGAUGGUUCAAGUUUUUGUCGUCCAAAAAAUUAGUUACAUUGAUUUUAUUUUUAUUUUUUAAGAAGUUGGGACUUGGGAGGAA